CGGUGCCGGUGCUCUGAAUCGACGUAAAAACGAAAUACUACCAUGUUGCUUGCUUUAAUUUUGUUCAAUUUGCUUUGGGUGUUUGGAGCCGACGCGGGAAGGCACCGCCGGUACCUCGUCUACCCUGACGGUGGCCCGGCCAGAGCACAGUUCAUCAUCGGUCUCGGUGUUCCAGUAGAUCUGAAAGAGCAAUCAGUGACCGUAGGCACAGUAAUAAAAUUCCAAUAUGAUUUGCCUACAAACAGUACUGAAUAUACAAGCAGGAUCUACGGUUUCGCCGAAACUGUCUCCAGAGACAUGGAUGAGGACACUCCGACGAAAGACGUCUCAAACGAAAUAGAUUCAGAUGAUUCGAGACAAUUGAGUGAGACAGAAGAUGCUGUAACUGACAGACCUGAGGGAGACAACGAUACGUUAGUCGAUGUCACUUUUGAUGAGAAUAGAAGAAAGAGGUCUUUAGUUUACUCUGAGGGUGGCGUAUUAAUUACUGAUAGUACGACUGUUAAAAAUGAAAUGUCCUUAGAAGAUGCUAUUAAAAGACAAGAAAUGAUUGACCAGAAUGCUAUUGAAGAAGAAGAGGAACCGCAAAGGAUGAAUCGUUGGGACUUCUAUAAAGUCAUCGAACGUAUGGUUGAAAGGUACGGGUAUUCAGGGCGUCCGUGCUUGCUUCGAACAAUCUGCGAGGCUGCCGAGGUACCAUUCACCCAUGAAAACGGCUUGCUCGGCGAAAUUGGACAUAUACUAUUCACGCCAUCAACAACAAAGGACACUCUAUCCCACCACACGGACAACGAGUACCAUGCUGCGGAGAGACUGGGAAGAGAGACGGGAGUUAGCUGCGAGGAUCUGUUCCCGGAGUGUGAGGGUUCCAUACUGGAAACCUUCACUCAUAUUGGAGAAGAGACGCUGCAUAAGUUUGGGUUCUUGUAGAGAGUAGCGUG